AUGUAUGUUGCAGAUGCACGUUCACGAGCAUUUCUUCCUGAUAGCCCUGUUCCUAAUGAAAUAAAUGAUGAUGUAACGAAGAUGAUCCACAGCCUCGUUGAAAACCUCCCAAUGACAGUUGAGAAACUUGAAGAAUUGAAAUCAGCAACAGUAGAAGAUGAAGUCUGCAGCAGUUAA